AUGUCUUCUCCUCCUUCAACGCUCCCACUAUCAGCCGCAACAACUUACACCCAAUCUUCGCCUACCUUCUCAUACGGUAACUCUAUAUGGUCAAAUAGUUUGAAUGUUCCGUCGAUAUCAAACACAAGCACUUCAAACGUGGGCUAUAAUCCACUAUUCAAUUCUCCUUCGGAAUUGAUGUAUUCACCAACUUCCUCUUCCAACAUGAUAUUGCCAUCUUCGAAUUAUCAAAAUACCACUAACUCCUUGAUUGAUUCUGAGUUUGAUGACGAUACAGAAGAUAUCGAUUUUAUCCCAAAUUCAUUGGUCGACUUGUUGACCCCUCAAGAACUCCACAGGAGGAAAUCAAGAGCUUCAUUUGGCUCUCAAGCUCAGUUCAUUGGUAUGCCAAGCCUAAAAGAAUUAACGUUGGCUGAAGAGGAAACCACGUUUAUUAUGGAUUAG